AUAUGUAGCUCACUGAGUAAGAGAGCAAGACAGGGAGCAAUAUUUAGCUAUUGGGCCCAACAGUUCCCUCAGACUUGUUUAGUUCGAUGAUAUCCCAGUCCUCAGAAACAGCAUGUUCUCUGCGCUAUAUGGCGCAUGACUAUCAGUAAUAUGAUCUUGGCAGUGCAAUGAUGCAGUAUCUAGUUUUUUUUGGAAGAACACCAUUGUCCCUCACGGUUCGCCAACGUGAACUAAAUUGCUAAAAAUGUAAUCCACAACACAACUUAUUUUGCGUUAAAAAUUGGAAACACUCUCGCGCUCUUUCCUUUUCUCUUCCCUCUAUUUCCCAUCUUUUGCAAUCUUUACGGAUACUCUUGGGCAGCCAUAAAUUAAAGGUCAUUGUUUUGAGGCUGAAGGGAUGUUAGGUUUGUAACUGACGCUCUCUCUUUCCUUUCAAUUCUGGCUGAAUUUUUUCGUUUGUUAAAAAUCUUGAUCCCCGUACGUCAAGUCAGAAAAAUGAAAAAUGAGCUGAUGACGUGACUAAAAGGUUUAAUCCAAUUAGACAUAGAUAAUCUGGCAGUGAGAAGGAUCAAUGUCGAACUAAUCUUUUCCGUUUUGAAUUUGGAGUUUUUAGCAGCUGAGCGAAGCCGUACUACUGGCUCUCUGCAGGAUACACGGAUCUCGUACCAGAAAUAAUAUUCGCGCGCUUGUGCCGGUCGUCCCUCUCUUCCAAUCCCCAGUCAGAUUGGUUGGAGAAGCGAGAAAAGGAGGGGGAGGGGGCGGCGGGGAAAGAGGCAAGGCAAGGGUAACACUUCAGGUUAAUUAAUGAAAUAGAAAAGAGCCGUAUAAAUGAAUUUCUACCUUUCAGUGUAAAGCAAUGUAGGCCCUGUUCAGGGAAAUUGUGAAAAGGCGUAUCAUCUCCUGACGUUAUCAUAUCAGCCUGCGGAACAGUCGGUUUAGCGCGAGCGGGUCAGAGCGCGCGUGGAGCAAGACUCCAAGAGUACUAAGUACGAUCGCGCGUUGACGACCAGAUUCAAGACUAAAUGUUUUUAGAACCCUACAACCACAUUUGAAAUGAAACAAAAUUAGAACGUUCUCAGUGACCAUUUUAAAAAUUCUGCUCGUAGAGCGAGAUGGGCUCUUCCCUAAAAUUAGCAAAUAAAGAAGAUUGCAAAUAUUUUCAGCCCCCAAAUGAGCCGUAUCUAUAUAUAUUUUUGUGAUAGAUAUUUUUCAAGCGUCAGAUUAUUUUUCACAAAAUAACCGGCUCAAACUAACUUAUAACUUACAUAAUUUUAUGUCAAUUCAUUGAACCCAACUGAAGACGGUUAUUUCAAAAACAGAAGGCUGGAAACAGCAUAGCCAGCGUUUGCAGACAGAUUUACACCUAUUGUUUUAAUUUCGCCAGCGGAAAUCCGUCUUCGUUCGUAGCUUAGAUAUAGUAAAGCCACAUCAGAAUUAGAUUAAUUACGACAGUAUUGUGACUAAAAUAACUUACGCUCGAUAUUAUCAACAGGAUAUACGGAAUUUUCUGAGAGUAAAUGAGUAAUACUAGGUCUGUAACCUUUUUUCUUGCAUCCAUCCAUGCCAGUACGCGCUCCAUGUUCGUCAAAAUGACAUUUACAAGCCAAAAAUAGUAAAAGAUAAAGUUUGAUUUCUUUCGAUAGCAUGAAACAAUAUGAUCGAUGAGCAAGCUGCUAUAAUACAUAUAGGGCUCGGCCCCCGUACAAAUUCACGUGACCAGUGACGCAAAAGCGCCUGUUAUCGCAGGCCAGAUUUUUCGCAAAAUCUCAGCUUCAUAUUUCAACUUUGACCUGGCCAUAUUGUCGAUGAAGUUCAAUUUCAGUGCAGACAAAAAAUUUCAUUAACGCUCGAUAUUCGAUGUUUAAACUGAAACGAUUAAAGUGUAUAUUUGGUAACGCAAAUUUCAAGCACAAGUUCUAAAUUCCGCCAUGAUUAUUGAUGUCUUUAAAACACGCUUUUUCAUUAAACCACUGAAUUCUUUUUUGUAGCCGAGGUGUUUCUGAACACGUUUCAGAGCCGAUUGGAAUGAAUCAUAAAAAUUAGAAUGUUGUUGCGAAGAGUUAAACAAAAUUUGCUUUCCACAUAUCAGAAUGAAUUCCUUGAAUUCUAUCAACUGUGUAAACCGGAUGCCUAUUUUGAAUGUAUUGCCCAAUUUAUUUACAUCUCAGCUAUACCAAAUCCCGACCUUUAUUUCAGAAUGUCGUCUGACAGGGCUGUCCUUAAUAUAUCAAAGAAAAGCUGACUUUUGCUCAAGCGACUUGUCGUUCUGACUUUCAAAGAUCUUUGAUCUUCAUUAUUUGCUCUUUAAACAGUCUUUGCUGUAACUGCGGUUUUAAUAAAACCAAGAUCAACAGCGAUUGGCCGGUUGUGGCGGGAUUUCGGAAAAUGUCAACAAUGGAGAGCGCUAUUGGUGUUUCUACUUUCCAUUAAUAUACUCGCAGACCAGUGACGCAGACAUGCAGAUUUUGUCGUAUAGAUUAUUUAUUUUCCUCGUAGAAAAACAAACAAGCUUAUAAAUGUUCCUUCGACAUGGAUUCGACCGACAGGUCAGUGCAAUGUUGAAUUCGAAAACAACGAUAUGGCUUUCUUUUGUCCCUCCCAGCUGACGUUAAAAAAGAAAGUGCUACAAAGCAAGAAGCCAUAUCCGCCAGACGUUUACCGACCUUCGACUACUUUGGAACAGAACGGGACUGUCCCUUUGGAAGUAACGAAAUCUGCUUUGAAAAACGGCUCGACUCCAAACCACAAGCAUGAGAAGCGAAAUGUCAGAAUUAGCGAGUCUGGAUUUAAACAUGAAACUCUCAUUGAGCGGAAAAUUCGAGCGGCAACUUUAGCAAAACCCGCAAAUAUCCGAGUAAAGGUUAUGAAAAGUUACCACCCAGUCGAUAAAGAAGAACUGAAGGUACGAAAAGGACACUACGUGAAAAUACUCUACCAACAAAAUGACUGGGCUUACGUUGUGGAUUCGUCAGGAAGCGAGGGUUUUAUCCCGUUGUGUUAUUGCUCUACGACAAAUGUUUCCACUGACUCGAAGUCUAGCACUUCGGGUUACGAAGACAGCUUCGAGGACAGCGAGGACGGGGUCGGAGAAAGGACAGCAGUGGUGGUGUACAGUGAAUCGUUGACGAGUAAUGAUAGUCACAAUUCGAAAUCGAUGACUUAUUUUCCAAAGCGAGCUUACGGACCGCAAUUAACUGUUUUGUACGACUACACAGCUCAUGAUGAAAAUGAUUUGAGCGUCUGUCGUGGUGAACUUGUGAUGCUGCUGAACGAUCAGGACCAAGAUUGGCUAUGGGUAUCCACGGAAGAUGGCGAAGAAGGCUUUGUACCGAGAUCUUUUGUGGUUUCUCACGUGUGCGAAGCUUGCAUGCAGCGGUUAUCCUCACCGAACGCAGCCUCGCUCAGCUCUCCAGACUUGAAUUCCUCUGACGUCACGCCGACAAGUUCAUGCUCUACUGGCAAGAAAUCCAAAUCGUCAUACACGGACGUGACGUCAUCAGCGUCCAGUGAAAAGACUUACACGCUCAAAGGCACACGGUUAAUUGUGCUUCAUAACUUUCAAGGGAAAGCGUUUGAUGAUUUGCCUGUGAGACCUGGAGAGUACGUGUACGCAAACCUCAAAGACCAAAUUGUUCCUGGUUUUAUCUGGGCGUAUUCGCCGAACAGCAAGAAAUCUGGCUUCAUUCCAGAGGAUCGUGUUAAAGAGCCAGUUGUAACAGAUAUAUGAAGGGUGGUUAGAGGCAGUCACUCCUUACGUGUCACCGCGCCACUGAAGACAAUGCUUGAUGUAUCGAGACGCGUUUGUCAUAUGACGCUGGAGAGAGUGCAUUUAACAGGAGCUAUAAGAGCGGACACCAGCAACCUGUUAAACAGCGAAACCUUACCAGAAGAACAAGAUAAUAGUAUUAGUCGCCCUGUAGGUUAAUACGGACCAUAUUUAUGCUCUCUUGUCGUAAACAAGCACUUUUCUCAGUCGGAAACCCAGUUGGAGGCUGGCGAUUUUCGACCUAGGUUGCUAAGGAACACGGAACACGACAACAUUAAACUAGAAUUUCCAGAAUGCACGUGCUACUUAAAUCAGGAUCCACUUGUUUGUCAUGACCAUUGCCAAGCAAUGUACAUCAUGACCCGAUUGUUGCAAUUGGGUAGAAAUUUACCGGAAACCCCGCUUUAUUGUUAGCCGGAACACCAAAACUGGAUUUAGAUGAGUCCAAGGUGAACGAAUGUCCUUUCACUUAUGCGGAAUUCCGUGAACAGACUUAGCUACUUAAAGUCAUGCCACACCAAGGGAGGUGAUUUAUCCAAAUAUGAUUUAUCAACGAUCUAUCAUCGUCGUUGAAUUGCCAUUGAUUUGCCUCUGACCCUGACAUAACAAACUUCUGUGUAAGAAAACAAGCGAUCAUUCCAAGCUAUAAACUUAUCAUAUUAUCAUGCUAAGGAACAAAGUUAAUAGAGGGGAAUGGUUACGAAACUCGACAAAGUUCUUUGUUGUAUGUUUUUGUUCUCUUUUUUUGGCCUU